AUGGUUAACGUGCCAAAGACUCGCCGCACCUACUGCAAGGGGAAGACAUGCAAGAAGCACACCCCGCACAAGGUGACCCAGUACAAGACUGGUAAGGCCUCGCUCGCAGCUCAGGGUAAGCGAAGGUAUGACCGCAAGCAAAAGGGUUACGGUGGUCAAACCAAGCCGGUCUUCCACAAGAAAGCAAAGACCACCAAGAAGGUCGUCCUGCGUUUGGAGUGCACGGCUUGCAAGUACAGGUCGCACGCAGCUCUGAAGCGAUGCAAACACUUCGAGCUUGGUGGUGACAAGAAGCAGAAGGGUGCUGCCCUUAGUUUCUAAGCGUCCACCAUGGUUAACUUGUAAAUGCAACUCUGGUCACAUUACUGCACUGAUUUUUGCUCGAGCGCCCACAUGAAUGAGGGAAUUGGCAUGCGCUUUAACGCAGAACAGGCCCAGGAAGGAAAUGAAACGCGGGAAGGAUGGUGUUGGAUCAAGCAGAACAAGUGUGGAUGAAUGCGACCGCAUCGGGGGCGUCUCAUAUGCUACAGUUUAAGGUUCG